AUGACAUCAGAAAUAUUUUUACGUGAAUUUAAAGAAUGGGAUAAGGAAUUAAGGAAAAAAGACAGGCAAAUUGUAGUGUUCGUAGACAACUGUCCUGCUCAUUAUGUGACUUCAGUUCUUCAACCCAUGGAUCAAGGGGUCAUAAAGAGUUUUAAAUCUCACUAUAGAAGGAAAUUGGUAUUACAAUUUAUUGAGAAUUGUGAACAUGGAAAUCUUGAUAAAAAACUCUCAUUAUUAGAAGCAAUCCGUUUCAUGGCAGAAGCAUGGGCUUCUGUCUCAACAGAAACUAUAAAACACUGUUUUCAAAAGUCACGCAUUUGUAUUACAGAAAACUUGACAACUAACGAAGGAAACUCUAAUGACGAUUGUUCAUUGUUCGAUUGGAUUCAUAACAAUAACAUAAAUAUCAACACUGACAAUAUAGAUGACUACGAAUCAAUUGAUAAUGAAUUAAUUGUGAGUGAGCUUCCUUCCGAUCAGGAAAUAUUAUUAUCUAUUAAGAAGAACACAACGGAGGAUGUCUCUGAUGAGGAAGACGAAAACGAAGAUGAAUCGUGUGUUCAACAUAUUUCAAGUGUUCAAGCCCUGUCCGCUUUGCAAACAUUGUCCACAUUUUUCGAAACAAAUAACUUGGAAGAUGAUUUUUUUGAACAUUACAAUAACGAUAGUGCAUCAGUUAAACGACCUUCAAAUAAUCUUCGCCACAUGAAGGAAAACAAACAAGGCAACGAGCGACUCGCCCCUCAACCCAACUAA